AUGUCGUUUGGCUACAGCGAUGAGUUUGUAAAUGUGUCACGGGGUGAUUUGCCGUAUUCGAAUAUGCUGAGGCAAGUCCACACUGGCGAUCCAAUGGAGUCGCCCAGGCGAAUAAAUCCGUACGCCGACAGACUUUCCGGCUUUGCUUCGCUGAAGACGAAGACAUUCGACAACAACUUCAAGGACAUAGAAGGACUUAAACGCAAAAGUGAAUUGAUGCACCUGUCAGAGAAGUCCCUUUACAGCAAACUAUUCACGCCCAAACUAGAGGCUUUGCAACGACUGGUUGAACCGGGAAGAUUCACAAGCAAGGAAGGCCAAAAGCCCCCAGAGAGCGAUCUUGGUGAAACGUUGACGCAAAAACGGAGCCGCGAAACGCCAAGAGAGAGCGAGGGGCACUCCUCCAGCUCAAGUGCACAGCAGGCGUUUCCAGCGGAACCCGUAUCGCUACACAAGACAGAAGUUCCACCCGUUAAACCUCGUGCUCCGUUGACGGGACUCCGCAUAAAGCACGGUGGAGAAGACUACGAACCCGAUGAGGAAACAGAAGAAAAACCACCGCAAGCAGAGGGUGGGAAGCAGCCGGAACGUGUGGUAACGUUGGUGUCAAACGACGAAGUUGUGAACGGAAUAAAGAAGAAAAGGAUAACUGUACCCAAGGCGGCGUAUAAGCCCUUGGAUGUCGACGAUAAAUCGUCGAACAAGGUUCUCCUCAGGGUGGUGGGUGAUGCGAACACAGAAACGGAUAACCAACGUGGUGACAACUUUGCCGAACACUGGCUAUACACCAUAGAAAACUUCAUCGAAAACCUCACUGACAGGGUGGAAUUGUGCGGUAAUACGCUUGUCAAUACCGGGUCUGUUAUCUCUCAACUUGAGGCGAUGAGGCCGCUGUGGAUGCCGCCGGAGAUAUUCUACCUAUUUUGCAUCAAACCAGUCGGGAUGGAUCCCCAGGAGUUUCUUGAGCUUAUAGAGACGCAUAACAUUGAGGAAUGUACGGAGAGGAUUCACAAGUUCAGCGUGGUCAACACCAACGCCAUGGGGUAUGUGAUAGAUGCGGAAAACGAGACCUUCAAGGAGCUGACCAAACUCAACAAAGUGCACAAGAGGCUACUCAACGAGGAGGAUAUAUACUCCAAAAUACUGGCCAAGAUGACGGACAACUUCAACAACCAGGUAGAGGAUCUGCUGCAAACUACCAGGCAGGACCUCAGACUUGCAGCGGGAGACACAUACCUCCAGUACGGCUCUAUCAAAAACAUGACAACGUGGAAAACUGGCGACCCCAUCAUCAGGGAGAAGGGGUUCUCCCAUGACAGGGCUUCAAAGGACAAGAUGAAAACGCUCCAACAAAUGCAGGAGGUUUUCGGAGAGUACUCAAACGUCUCUUCCGAGUCGUCGGUGGACGAGGCCAAAUACAUAUACUACAUGAAGCUCCUUCAGGAUAUGGAAGACUGUGAACGCGAUGAACUGCGAGAACAGCUUGCGCGUGACCGCACGCAGGCCUUGGCGGAGUACUCGAUGUAUAACACUGUGAAGUGUGCACCCGUGGUAUACAAGCAACGGCUGACGAGUGGCCUUGAUGCGAAUACGGUAGCGACGUUGCAAACCGGAUUCGAACAGGCGUUCGAGGACCUACAGGAGUGUCAAAAGAAGUUCGCGAACAAUAAACAAAUCAUUUUCGCCACCGGAUUCGAAGUCAGGGCUGAAUGUAUUGUGGAACGCAUGGAGUUCAUCAGGGAUGUGCCAGUGUCGGACCUCUUCGAAAAGACAACGCAAAUGACACCAACGGAACGUUUUGCUCAUGCGCAGGUCAUAGUCAGAGAAAUCACAAAACUGGUACGGCAGUUGCAGGGGAUAGAUUUCGUCUUGCCACUCAAGUCAAGCAGACUGUACCUCUCGCCGGCUGGAGCCAAGAUCUCGGUGGGCAUCCCCCUCGCUUUCCUCUCCGCCGACACAAGAGCCCUCCUUAAAAAACACGAGAAGCAUACUAUCGCAACACUGCUUUGGGGGAAGCACAUCGACUGGUACCUCCCGCCGGAGGCAAAGAAUGAUCCAGGUUUUACCCGAGAUCCAUCGGCCAUCACUAAGGCGCACAUAUGGAUGAUCGGAAAGAUACUGUACGAAGUGACCUGCGAUACUACCAUCUCAAGGUCGGCGCUGGAUUACAGCAAAAUCGAGCUCUGCGAAGAUGCAGACGCCCGGGACUUCCUCAAGCUGUGCUUAAACGAGAAUAUACUGAAGCGGCCGUCCGUAGAAGACUUGCUGAAGCAUCCGUUUAUGAAGCGGAGCAAGCUGAACUACGGCUCUCUCGGGCCGGUCGACGUCGGCAAGGUGCAAUGUGCCGUGGAGAUUCUAGGCGACAUCGAGACAAUCGUUCUCAACAAAAUCAACCGCACCGAAAAGGGCGUUGCGGACUACGAGCAGAACGAGAACUGGGAGGCGGUGCUGGGUGAAAGCAGCGGCAACGACGCCGGCGAGCUCUACGCCUUCCAGGCGGCGGCCGUGGAGAGCCCCGUGGAAUCGCACAUAUACAAGUUCUCGAAGGUUAGCAGCAGGAGCAUAGCGCGUAUAUGCCCGCUGGAGCCGAAGGAGUGGAUUUUGGUGCUGAACGCCGAUGGAGACCUCUACCUUCUCGACGCAUUCUUCAAAGGGAAUCCAUCCAUGCUCUUAAAAAGGGUCACGGCAGUGGGCAGAAGGCUGGCAGAACCGGCGUACGAUCAGGAUGCAACGAGUGGACCUUUGAACGCGCUAGUCAACCUCAACCAAUUCUGCGUCGGAACCGACAACAAGCUGUACCUGUAUUCGGCGGAGGGUCAGAUAGAGCAGCAACGCGCUAUAACGGUAGAUGGGAUCGUCCAUAGCGUUUCAUGGUUCAAAAACGUCAUCGUUAUAGGCACCAGGGAGGCUUACUACCUCCUUGAUGCAGAGGGGACUGUGUGCCAUGAGCUGUGCAGCAACCUGCAGGUGGACGAGAAGGAUGUGGGAGCGCCCGCGCUAACUACUGCCUGCGUUGACGGGGAUGUUAUGGUUGUGUGUCAAAACAUCGGCAUUUUCUACAGCACCGAGACCAUGAACCUGUCGAAGAAAAACACAAUACAGUGGAGGAACCGACUGGAGGCCUUGGGUUGUGCUCCGCCGUAUGUCAUAGGUGUAACUGUGGAUCGCCUGGUGGAAGUGUAUGGGGUCAGGGACCAGCUGCUGUACCAAACCAUCGACCAAACGAACGCGAACUUUGUCCACUACAUGCCAGAUAGGUCCUGCGUCCUCACUGCCACCCCCAAUGUCGUCACUGUGAUGAAACCCAAAUCAUACCAUCAGUGCCUUGCUGACUGCAUCGAACGAAAGGAUAUAAAGCAGGCACUCCAUCUGGCAGAUGUAUAUUUUGCACCGGACGACCCGAUGCGAGCCGUGGAAACGAAAGUGGCACAUACGGUGGCGGGUUGGGUUAGGUUCUCUGAUGUCAACUUUCCCCUCGCUUUCCAGCAUUUCACGUUGGGGGAUGUGGACAUUGUUCACCUGAUCUCGUUUUGGAACCACUAUGCCGAACUCGAAGUUCCGGAGUUGUAUGUCCGCAACCAGCAGGUGCCGGCGAUUCUGCGCAAAUUCAUACCCAAUGCCACGGGAAUAGAUCAGUUCGUCGUCAAGCGCUUCGGCGAACUAAAGGACGUUCUGCCAGAGAACACGACGGUAACCAAACUCUUGGAAAUGGCCAAUGUCUCUUUUGCCGCUUUCCUGCUAAAGCACUUCAACCCCAAGACGUUCUUGAGCAGGAACGGGGAGGCACUGGACGAAUUCAACCAGGCGCUCGUGGGCACAGUAGAAAAAACAAAUCUGCUGUUGCUGGCUGAGUGCGACGAUCCUAAAUGCAGCAUUAUCAUCAACAGACCCAGGGAAGAAACCUUCCUGGACCCGGACGCAUGCGGCAAACACCUCGUGAAGAUGAACAAGAGCGAAGUAUUCGCCAAACUGCUCAUCAAACAGGAGCGAUACAGAGAGGCGAUGGAUAUCAUGGCCAAGUAUAUCAGGGACGAGGUCGGCGAGGUGGCAACCGAAGACGUCACGAUGGAUAUAAAGUCCGUCUGCUCCGAACUCGCAUCGUGCCUCAACAUGCUCAUCGAAAACAGCCACAACGAAUACACAGACAAUAAGACAGAUGUCAAACCAGAGGAAGAAAUACGGGACAUUCUCAACACGUACCUGCCCGUACUACUUUCCAGCUACCCCAAUGCAGUGAUUUUACACGGCAAGAACAAAAAUGCAAAAGACAGUAUCACCGCCAUCAAGAAAACGCUGCUGGAGCUCCUGGAAUCUAACAACAAUUUCGACAUGGUGGAACUUGAGCCCCUGCUAGCGAAGCUGAAUCUCGUCGAGACAAAGGUGCUAGUGCACAGCAUGUUCAACCGACAUGAGGACGCGCUGAGAACAUUGUUCGAGUGGGAUCAGUCCGAAGAGCGGACAAAGCGAUGUGAGGCAUACUGCAUGUGCUUCGGAGACGUUGCGACCGUUUAUAGUGCUGUGGAGAAGGAAGUCCCGUUUAAACGGUAUUUCAGCAACAUCGACUACUGGAUGCGCAGGGCUAGUGAGUGGCCGCUUGCUGGGCACCACAUAUACAAUAUCAAUAUGUCAGACACUUCAAUCGACCGGCUACUCUUACUGCUACUGAAAAUCAUCGUGGAGCACUCCCACCGCGACGAGGGGUGCAUAGUUUUGGUGCGAGACCUGCUGGCGAAGUACAUCCCACUAUGCACCCACAACUCCGUGCUAAAUGCAUCAAGCAUCGUGGAACUCAUACCAGACAGCUGGAAUUUCGCGGUAUUCGCCGACGUGUUCACGCAACUACAGCUCAAGGCAUUGCAUGAACAGCGGACUAUGGCCAUGAAACGCGGAUUGACGAGGUCGCUGCAUUCACAAACAGCGAAAAACCUAUACAAGCUUACGUGUGUCCCGCCAAUCACCAUUGACGCAACCUCGACGUGCACCAUUUGCCAGGAACCAAUCAAGCUGGGAAUGUCUAUCGCUAUACCGCCGCCAAACCAGAACGACGCUACGCAGCAGCAGGCUAGCAAGCAACAGAUGCUCAUGCAUGAGCAGUGCGCGAAAAAUGUGCACGACAAGUGA